CCUUCCUCUUCCCUCUUCCAUCUUGCUGCUGGGUUGGGUCUCAAAUAUAUAACUUUGCCAGAUAAGAAGAAAAUAUAUCAAUCUGAUCUCUUUGUUUUGACUUUUGUUUAAGAUUUCCACACAAUUUCUACAUAUUUGGAUCUUUGAGCUUACGAAUUAUUCGGAUCUCCCUCCCCAAUUCAAGAAAUUCCACCGUAUUCGAGCUUGAUCCUCCACCUUCCUAUGCUCCCUGCUCCUCCUCAUCAACCUCACCAUGAUUAAUCAUUCCAGACUUGGUGGACUCAGAAUUUCUUCAAUUAGUGAGCUGGAUUAUUGACAUAGUAUGGAGUCACCUGCUAGAAGACGGGAGACAGCGGUUGUGGUGGUUACACUUGAUUCUGAUGAAGUGUAUAUUGUUGUGAGUCUGUCUACUUUGACUGACACACAAAUAAUAUAUGUUGAUCCAACAACUGGAGCACUUCACCAUAAUGGGAUUCUUGGUCAUGAUGUUUUUAGCUCCCAGAUUGAAGCCUUAGAAUUUGUUACAAAUGGAUUUAAAUGGGUAUGCAAGAGCACAGUAUAUGCCGGUGCAAUAUUGGGCUAUGCCGCUUUGGGGAGCAUAGGCCUACUGCUUGUUGCAACUAAAUUAAAUGCCAGCAUUCCAGAUUUACCUGGUGGAGGCUCUGUAUAUACAGUGAUAGAGAGCCAAUGGAUCAAAGUUCAACUUCAAAACCCUCAAAACCAGGGAAAAGGAGAAGUAAAGAAUGUUCAGGAGUUGACUGAGCUUGAUAUCGAUGGUAAGCACUACUUUUGUGAAACCAGGGACAUCACCAGGCCAUUUCCAAGCCGGAUGCCUUUGGAACAACCAGAUGAUGAAUUUGUUUGGAAUGGUUGGUUUUCGGCGCCAUUCAAGAAAAUAGGGAUUCCACAGCAUUGCGUCAUUCUUCUGCAGGGCUUUGCAGAGUAUCGAAACUUUGGAAGUUCAGGUCAGCAAGAAGGAAUACUUGCUCUCACCGCGCGUAGAAGCAGGCUGCAUCCUGGCACUCGAUACUUGGCAAGAGGCUUAAAUUCCUGCUAUAGCACUGGCAAUGAGGUUGAGUGCGAGCAACUAGUAUGGAUCCCUAAAAAAGAAGGACAAAGCAUCCCUUUCAAUACAUACAUUUGGAGACGAGGUACCAUUCCUAUCUGGUGGGGUGCUGAGCUAAAAAUGACUGCAGCAGAAGCAGAAAUAUAUGUUUCCCAACGUGCUCCCUAUAAAGGAAGUAUUCAAUAUUAUCAGAGGUUAAGUACACGAUACGAUACAAGAAACCUAGAUGUAUGUGUUAGUGAGAGUCAGAAUAAAAAUGCUAUGGUUCCUAUUGUAUGUAUUAACUUGCUUAGGAAUGGGGUUGGAAAAUCAGAGGCCAUUCUGGUUCAGCAUUUUGAGGAAUCAAUGAACUAUAUUCGUUCAACUGGUAAACUUCCAUUUACCCGAGUUCAGCUGAUAAAUUAUGAUUGGCAUGCCAGUACCAAACUAAAAGGUGAGCAGCAGACAAUUGAAGGUUUAUGGAUACUUUUAAAGACACCCACAGUUACUAUAGGUAUUUCUGAGGGGGACUACUUGCCAUCUCUUCAAAGAAUUAUGGAUUGCAUGGGUGAAGUCAUCAUGAAUGUUGAUGUGGAAGGUGCUUUCUGCUUAAGAUCGCAUCAGAAUGGAGUGAUACGCUUCAACUGUGCUGAUUCACUGGAUAGAACAAAUGCCGCUAGUUAUUUUGGUUCCCUCCAAGUUCUUAUGGAGCAAUGCAGACGGUUAGGGAUAUCACUUGAUAGUGAUAUUUCUUCUGUUUAUCCGCCAAACAACAAUUCUUCUGGUGGAUAUAUAGCCCCUUUGCCACCAGGCUGGGAGAAACAAUAUGAUACAGUUACAGGGAAAACAAUUUAUAUUGAUCACAACACCAUGACCACAAUCUGGGAUCACCCAUGUCCAGAUAAACCUUGGAAGAGAUUUGAUAUGACAUUUGAGGAGUUCAAGAAAUCCACAAUUCUGUCUCCUGUAUCCCAACUAGCUGAUAUUUUCCUGCUAGCUGGUGAUAUUCAUGCAACAUUGUACACUGGUUCCAAAGCCAUGCACAGUCAAAUUUUAAGCAUAUUUACUGAGGAAACUGGAACAUUUAAACAGUUUUCUGCUGCACAGAAUAUGAAAAUCACACUCCAAAGAAGGUACAAAAAUGCCGUUGUAGAUAGCUCUCGCCAGAAGCAGAUGGAGAUGUUCCUUGGAUUGAAGCUUUUCAGACAUCUUCCGUCACUAGCACUUCAACCUUUGAAUGUUCUGUCCCGACCACCUGCUUGCUUGCUUAAGCCUGUUCCGACCAUGUUUCAAAUAUCUGAUGGUGGAGCCAGUCUUCUUAGUUUCAAGAGAAAGGAUCUGAUCUGGGUGGGUUCUCAGGAUGCAGAUGUGCUUGAAAUGUUUAUAUAUCUUGGGGAGCCUUGCCAUGCUUGCCAACUUCUUAUAACUGUUUCACAUGGUGCAGAUGAUUCUCGUUUUCCAUCAUCUGUUGAAGUAAGGACAGGGCGCUAUUUGGAUGAGCUCAAACUUGUUGCUGAGGGUGUCUUCAUUCCUCAAUGUGCUCAUGGGACAAAUAUAUUGAUACCUUUACCGGGGCCUAUUAGUCCAGAGGACAUGGCUGUCACUGGAGGAGGUGCACGUCUUCAUGCCCAAGAUACAGCUGCCAUUUCAUUAUUAUAUGAGUACGAAGAAUUGGAGGGAGAAUUGGAUUUUCUUACUAGAGUGGUUGCACUUACCUUCUAUUCUGCUGUAUCUGGAAAAAGCCCUUUGACACUUGGUGAGGUGGAGGUUCUCGGAGUUUCUCUUCCAUGGAAAGGCAUUUUGAGAAAUGAUUCAACAUUACAUGACAUUGAAGAUGAUAGUCAGAUGACAGACUCCCCCACUCUGUCCGAUUUGGAUACAAAUCAUGGUGCUACCUUAACCAAUGAAACUGUGUCUUCACCUGUUCACUCGGAUACAUCUUCGAGCCAACGGUUGGAUCUUGUAUCAGGAGACAACCGGAUUUCAGAAUCCAUUUCCGAGCCAGUGAUUACAAGAAAUGUUCAUGGAGAUGAUAGUGAUAUACACAACUCCCUUGGCCAAGUUAGAACUAACGUAAAUGGUAGAAGGACUUUGGCACAGAUUGAGAGGCCUUCGGAACAUGCUGCUCAAGAAUAUAUCAAUUGUUUUAAGCAGCUUGCUGGUCCAAAUAUGGAAGGAAAAUUUGGUUUUGCUGAAACCAUGAAACUGGAAAUUAAAAGACUACAUCUUUAUCUUUCUGCUGCUGAGAGAAACAGAGCAUUACUCUCUACAGGCAUUGAUCCUGCCACCUUAAACCCAAAUUUUAUGCUGGAUGAAUUAUAUAUGCGAAGAUUAUGCAAGAUUUCAGACCAACUUGCUUUACUAGAGCACACGUCAGCUGAAGACAAGGUUAUUUCUUCUAUUGGUCUGGACACCAUAGAUGAUGAUACUGCCAUAGAUUUCUGGAAUAUUGCUGGCAUAGGUGAGAGUUGUGAAGGUAACAUUUGUCAGGUUCGUGCAGAAACUGGUGGUACUCGAUUAACAUCAAAUUCACCAUCUUCUCAAUCAUUUUUUGUGUGUUCUCAAUGUGAGAAAAAGGUUUGCAAAGUCUGUUCUGCUGGAAGAGGAGCAGUUUUGCUGGAAAGUUCUAAUAAUUCAAAGGGUAUAUCAAGCCAAGGUGAUGUACUUACAAAUCAUUCAGCAGCAGGUCAAGAUGAUGUCAUCUGUAAAAGCUGCUGCAAUGACAUUGUUCUGGAUGCAUUGUUGUUGGAGUACGUGAGGGUCUUGAUUAGCAAACGUAGAAAUGAUCUUUCAAAUAAGGCUUCUGAGAAGGCUUUGGAUCAUGUUAUAAGAUCUACUUUGAGCCCAUCUCCUCCUAAACAAAGAAAACAAUCAUUGAAGCAACUCCUACUUGAUGAAGAGUACUCACUUGCUGAAUUUCCUUUUGCCAGCUUUUUGUACUCAGUGGCAACAGCAACAGGCUCUGCUCCGUGUUUGUCACUGCUUUCACCUUUAGACUCAAGAUCGGAGUCUUUGUACUGGAAAGCUCCUCCUUCCGUAUCAUCUGUUGAAUUCGCCAUUGUUCUUGGUAAUAUUUCUGACGUGUCAGGGGUGUUCCUACUUGUGAGUCCUUGUGGCUAUUCCAUGUCUGAUGCUCCAAUGGUGCGUAUAUAA